GCUGCUGCACUGCCAAAGGCGGAAGUAGAUCUCAGCUGUUUUGUUGUGUUGUUUUUCUUCACUCUGACGGAAACAAUGGCGGUGAGUGCGGUUCACCUGGAGUCUGACGCCUUCCUGGUGUGUAUGAACCACGCUCUGAGCACAGAGAAGGAGGAGGUGAUGGGUCUGUGUAUCGGGGAGGUAGAGAACACCCGCCUGGUCCACAUCCACUCAGUCAUCAUCCUCCGCCGCUCAGACAAGAGGAAGGACCGGGUGGAGAUCUCCCCGGAGCAGCUGUCCGCGGCCUCAACCGAGGCGGAGAGGCUGGCCGACAUAACCGGCAGGCCGAUGCGGGUGGUUGGAUGGUAUCACUCUCACCCUCACAUCACCGUGUGGCCCUCGCACGUCGACGUGCGAACCCAGGCUAUGUACCAGAUGCUGGACCAGUGUUUCGUGGGCCUCAUCUUCUCCUGCUUUAUCGAGGACAAGAACACCAGGACCGGCCGCGUCCUCUACACCUGCUUCCAGUCCGUGCAGGCGCAGAAAGGCUCCGAAUAUGACCGUGUAGAGAUACCGAUCCACGUCGUUCCGCGAGAGGCCAUCGGUAAAGUCUGCCUGGAGUCUGCCGUGGAGCUACCGCGAAUCCUGUGCCAGGAGGAGCAGGACACGUACCGUAAGAUCCACAGCCUAGCUCACCUGGACCCCGUUACCAAGAUCCACAAUGGUUCCGUGUUCACCAAGAACCUGUGCAGCCAGAUGUCAGCGGUGAGUGGGCCGCUGUUGCAGUGGCUGGAGGACCGGUUGCAGCAGAACCAGCAGAGCAUCGUGGAGCUGCAGCGGGAGAAGGAGACGCUGCUGCUGGAGCUGAGUGCUCUGUGAACAGGGGAAGGCUCUGAUAGCUCUUUAAGAAUUUUCUGUAGGAUGACAGUUAAGGUAUUCAUUCUAAUCUGAAUCAAUUUUCAAACAAUAGAGAAUAUUUAUUUCUUACAUUAAAUACAUACACACUUAAAGAAAUGGAGCAAUACUAUCUCCAAACCAACCAUGGGCACUAGAAGAUCUACAACCGCCUUAAUGAACGCUUGUUGGGAUAGUCUGCAGAAAGUGUAAAAAUGUAUGUGAAGGUUAUGGGAUGUAAAGGGGCUGCUGUGUGUUAAUAUCGUGUCAUUAUAAAAUAAAACGUAUAUUUCUGUA